CCUCAACAAGUAAACAAUCUUCGCAGUUAUGUUGUCUAGAGAGUCGGAAAAAACACCUUCUUUUCUUGUUUUCUUGUGAUUUGGGACGUUGGAAGGCUCUCCGAGAUGCUGCCUUAGUGUUCAAAGGAAGAAAUAAGGUGCUAGAGUAAACCAGGACGACAUUUUGAUCUCCUAAGAGGAGGGUUAAGCAUAUGAUAAUAAUGGGAGGCCCGCAAUGUGAUCCUUGAGCAGGAAGACUGCACGGCUGCAUUUUAAGAGGAAAAGGCACCAGACAAGGCAGCAGCAGAACUUUCUCUCUCUCUCUCUCUCUCUCUCUCUCUCUCUCUCUCUCUCUCUCUCUCUCUCUCUCUCUCUCUCUCUCUCUCUCUCUCUCUCUCUCUCUCUCUCUCUCUCUCUCUCUCUCCUCUCUCUCCUCUCUCUCUUUCUCUCUUUUUUGUAGCCCCUACUACAGCCAUCAUGGAUGCCACACUGGUUGUCAGGGAGCCACUCACCUUGGCUAUGACAUUGCUCUACCUUGCCCUCUUCUUCUACAUCUACGUUCAGCUCAUUCUUGUUCUUGUCUACGGUCAUAAGAGAUGGUGUUACCGAACGUUCCUGUUAUACACAUGUGCCAUGUGGUCAGGCUUACGUGUGACGCUCUUCUCCUACUACUGCUACUUGGAGCACGGCAAUGCCCAUGAGACCAUCCCAGAACUUUCACGUCACGUUGGCACGCCUGCCUACUUUGUGCUCUUCUCACUUCCUGUCUAUCUCCAGUUCUGCAUCCUCUGCUUGCUUGUCGCCUACUUCUCACAGAUUGUACAGAGCUCAGAGGACAGGUACCAUCCCACACGAUGGAGGAGUGUGUCUGGCCACACCAUCAUGGUGGUAACAGCCAACUUGGUGGUAUUGGUCACGAACUUGGCAUGUGCAAUCCUGAUCAAGAAGGCAGAAAACAGCAUGCCAGCUCUGUCAGCAAGUGCAGUGCCAAGCCCAAAGCUAAUUGUGUCUGAGUUGACUGGCUCUGUACCCUACGUUAUCUAUGUCCGUGUCUUCGUCAAUGGCAUCAUGUUUAUCGCCAUGGCGGCUGCCCUUGCCUACCUCAUUGUGCAAGUUGCCAAGACAGCAGAGGUGCGCCUGUUGCUGGAAACGGAGGAUAUGACUCAAGCUGGUGCUCGGAGUGUUGGAAUACUGCUGGUUUCGCUCUAUCUUUGCCGCACAAUUGCAAAUGUUUUGGCCCUCAUACCUUGUGUGGAGUGGGUGUAUGAUACAGACCAGGUUGACCUCCUCAGUGACAGUGAAUAUGGCUACUACACCUUCAUUACCGUGCAGAUCCUGUGGGAGUACCUGCCCACACUUGCCUCUGUUGUCUUCUUCAGGGUCAAGAAGCCCAUGCUGCUGUCUUACCCUCCUAUUCUGGAGCCUUUGUCCCGGUCGGCAGGAAUGCGUGCCAGUGAGAGCGAGGAAGACGGAGGAUUCUCCAAUCACUACCUACACCCACACAUAUCAUUCCAGCAGGCUUCGGACACCUGGUUUGGGAACUCAAGUGGAGGCUUAGUGGAUUCCCACAACCUCUCCCCAACUCGAGGAGGCAUACAUCACAAUGCAGCACACUCUCCGGCACACAGAUUUCUGUACCGUUACAUGGGCUACAGGAACUACACAGAGAGUCAGUAAUCUUUUGGCGAGUAUGACACGGAGGUGUUCGUGACUUUGGAUCAAGCAUUGAAGGCCCAUUACCAAAACAAUUUAAGACUGUAAGGUUGUAACACUUGCUGUAAUUCUAUUGUAGUGGAAGUUGCAGAAGCCAGGAAAGUAUAUUUCUGUGAGGGGAGUGAGUAUCCUGUGUUUUAGGUAAAAUUUCCACUCUGGUUCUGGUUAAGUAAAGCAUUUAGUUCCCCUUUAAUUUUAUGAAAAAGUACACAUAAUAAGCUUGACUGAGAGUGAGAGUUGAUACUUUAAAGGAGGAUAGGAAUGCAAGAGAUGCUUGUGAUGGUAUAUGUAAAAGAGUGUAAGUUUGAAUUGCCAACUGGAAAUAAAUGAGUCACUAUGUAUGCAUCAUGUAGAUCUGAAUAUGAUUAAGUGGACAGUUAGGAAGUUAUAUAAUGCUUUGACUAUUAUUUGAGUUUUGGUUGAAUUAUAGUGAAAAUUUAGUCAAAUAUGUGAAUAAAGCUUCCAAUAGAUCAACUUAUUGCAAAGUAUUCUCAAUUAAAUUACAAACAUCAAAAAUGAGAAGGAAUUGAGUUUGUGCAUCUUCUAGGGACAAGUUUUCACUGAAUAUGUGACAUCAGAUAAUUAAAAUUAGUAUGAGAAUGAGUGAAUUGCAUGUAAGAUGAAGUUAGAAUCAUGUGGAAGAGGUUGAUUGUGUGAAGCAUACUGUGAGACUCACCAAAGCUGAGUGCACAUCUAUUUACAGAAUAUAUUUUUUUGUUGUCCAGUGAGAGGGCAGUGUAUCUGAAUUAUAUUUUUUUAAAUAUUAUAGAUUUUUCUUUAUUUCUAUAAUGUUUUCACUAUAUUUUUGGAGCUAAUCUCUAAUAUCCAGUAGAGAAAUUUGUCUGAAACUUCUAUUUUUCGUAUUUUCUAUAUAAUUCAGUUUGUAAUUGUCUUGCAAAACUUCAAGUAUGUUUUGAAAAUGGACCUUGCUAUCUGUUGUUUUUAAUGUACAUUGAGGUAGCACACCAUUCAUUGAGUUUUCGUGUACAAGUUAUGAUAGACAGUGUGCAGAAUUUGAACACAAUGUCAUGAAUACAUUAUACACCCACAAUAGACACUUGAGCUUCUUAUGUUCAUUGAGGGUCAGAAUGAAUAUUGUGUGCCAGUUUAAUUAGUUUGGUGGUUCCAACAGUUGGUUAGGUAACACCAGUUCUCGGUUUAUUAAUUUAUUUCACAAGUUUGUAUUUGUACCAAAACUAAAAAGCAUUAGCAUGGUAUCUUACACAGACUGAAUGUUUCUAGGUCAGUAUUUUGAUGUUUAGUUCUUGUUUGUAUUUAUGAAUAUGACUGUGUAAGUAGAAGGGGUAAUUUUGCAUUUAAUGUUGACUGGGUAAAAGUUUCAUUUAGUUUAUUUGAAAACAUGGAACUUUAGAUUCAACUGUAUAAUUCGUACAGUAAAGGACUAUAGAAUUUUGUGACAUUAUAUAUUUCAGUAUAAAUCAAGUCCUGUGAUGUGGAACCUUGUGAAUGGAAUCUCUUAUGAGUAAGUUCACAAGGUUUGGAAUAAUAUUAUUGUUCAGAAAAGCAUCUGUAGGUGCUUGAACUACAAUUCCCAAAGAAAUACAGUAGCUUUAGGAACUCAGCUAUUCACAGUACACAAAAAAAAAACUUUGUCCUAUGAAAAAUAAGCUUUUAUUGUGAUAAAAUUACUCUCAUUGUGUAAUAGCUGUUGCAUGUAAUGUGUUGUCCUUUCCUCUUGGCUUUUUCUUGUACUUGGGAACAUAAGUACUAGACAUACUUUUAAGAAUGGUUAUCACUCCUGACUUUUGUAUCCUGGAGUUGGUGUAAUGUUCAGGUGCUUGAGGAUAGAUCUAAAAUAGGAGAUUGAAAAUUAUAGUCAUGAUUCCAGCAUCUAUGCAUGCAUGUGUUUAGGGAUAAUUGUGGUGGGAAAGGCAUGUUCUUGUGAUAAGUACACAAUUAAGAAGUAUCUGUGAUGUAUAGAUGAUAGUUUAAGAGCUUGUCAGGAAUUGGAGAAUGCAUUAAUAUCAAAGGCAAGUUGGUUUGUAUUAAGAAAAGUAUAUUUUUCUGGUUUUCGAAGACUGUACAGAGGAAUUGUUAUAGUAACAUUUAGUGUGUUGUCUUGUGCAUAUUGUGCUUUAACCCCUAAAGGAUGGCAAAAGUCAAAAUUUCAUGUGCAUGUAGGUGGAGAAAAAUGCAUUUUUGUUGUGUACUAUAAUUUGCAAUUAUUUUGUAUUGAUGGUUUUCAUUUAGAUAUGUCAUACGGAUGAUUUAUUUAUUUUAUAUAUAUUUUUUACAUGUUAUAUUUUGUGUAUUAUGCAUAGCAGUUAUGGUAUUUCAGCUUUUAGGGGUUAAGAAGGACUUACAGUACAAUUUGACAAUAUGAAACCAUACUAAGGAAGAGGCUUGGAUGUCUCAUGCUACUGAAUACAUAUUAUGUAUAGUUCUAGUCUGGAAUCUUUUGGGAAGUCAGCUUUUCCUGGUAGACUAGGGGUACAUUUGUAAAAGAAUAAUAUGAACUUUUAUUGCAGUUACAAUAAAAUUGCAAGUCUACAACUAGGUAAAUUAAUAUUUAUGUUACAUAACCUGCUUUUUUAUUUUGCAAUACUUUAUUUUAUUGGCUUAUUUUUUUUAUUCUGAUUAUUUUAUUAGACAGUAGCUGUUUGUGUUUCCAGGAACUUCUGUUUUGGAAUACUAGAGUGGAACAUAACUUUCCAGUUAGGCUCUACUGAAGCCUUUCCAAGCUUGAUUUCUUAAUUUGCAGAAUUAUUCUGGUCAAUAUUUAUCUGCCAAAACCUUCCUUGCUAAGGAUUUUAUGGAGUGUUGAGAUGAUAAAUCCAAGUUUUUAUAAUGGGGGAGAAGGGGGGAUGUAUAACAUAUUUGUAUGAAGGAUAGACUGGUAUAAGCAGUGACAAUAAUGUAUGUUGUGAUAAAGAAUCUUAGACAAUAUAGCAAACUGGUUCUAAAUGUUCAAGGGAGUAAAAGAUGGGGGUGGUUUUGUUGCAUUCCUUCCCUCUUGUGCAAAGCUUGUAAUGUGGUAUAUUGGAUUUAUUGCUUGUCCAGACAUACUUCCAUAUGUACAAGUUCUUGUUCUUGUCUUUAAUGUCUACUUAUUUUCUGUUAGUGGAAGAGAAACUUGGUCAUAUAUGACCUGAAAUGGAAAAUUAUGAGAUUUUUUUUUUUAUCUUAUCUGAUAUAAGUGAUCUAUUAUAAUACUCAUUUACAUUAUUUCAUGAUGCAUUUAUGAUAGUGUGCAUGUUUUAUGUCUCUUGUGUGAUUAUCUUUGUGUGGUAUUGCAUUUCAUAGGGUGCUUGUACUAGUGCAUGUCUCAACUUUCAGAAUAUUUUAGAUAUAUCAAUUUACUACUGUACAUUGUACAUUAUUUGAGCAUGAGAAGUUCCAAUACAAUACCUUAAAUGAACAAAGUUGACAAAUAAUGUAUUUUACUUGGAGCAUAUAGCUUCAGCAAUAGUUGCUGUUAAUGUUCUUCUGAGUAGAGAACAUUUUUGACAUGAAAAUAUCAUAUAUUAAACAUUUGCUAUAGAUCAGUAGAAGUGAAUUCCCUGCUAUAUUCAUCCUUUUGCAGGGUUUCAUGCUAGAUGUUUAUGGAUAUUCAGAUGUAGCCUGCUGCUUAUUUGUAUUUAAUUUCUGCCUUAGGCUCAGUAAAAACAAUUGUUUC